CUUGAAUUGCCUGACUUGGACUGUGGCCAGCCCUCUAGCUGGUCGAUGGCAGACACAACCCGCGCCGUCGGCCUCCACAAAAGCGCCCAUGUCCUGCCACGAGAUGUCUUCAAGACGUUCGUGCGCCUCGAAACUAAAGUCGACUGGCGCGUGUCGGAAAACGAGGUUGCCCAUCAGCUGAACCUCCCCCCCACCUACGUGGACCCAGUCGUGCCGUUGGCAUCUCAGUUUGUCGGCCCAGGACCUGGCGAGUACGAUGCCGUGCCUUCACCGGUGACUGGCCCAAACUCGAGCUCCCCCCUGACGUCGUCGUUUUCGACCAGGACGAGGCGGCAGCUCUUGUUUGAGCCGCAAUUUGUCAAGCCACGUGAAACUUUCCGCGAGGGCCCUUUCAGCCAGUCGACCCCCACGUUGCCCCGCCCUUUGCCAAUGGUCGAUUCCCACCUAGUCCAUCACCGCACUGCGCCGCCACCGAAGCUGCAUCGACGGAAGAAUGCGCUACGACAGCCCAUUCCCCGCCUCACUCAACUGCUAUCGUCCACCAAACCCAGUGUCGAUCCUGCUAUCAUUUCGUACACGUUCCCUCGCGGCCACCGCACAGACUUCGUCGCGUACUCUACCCCCGCCAACGUGAGCGCGGCGACAUAUGACCCUCGGCCAGAUUGGGCCGAAGAAGCAGAACCACCACGUGUGGUCGUCGGGUUUCGGUCAUCGGUUGCCCGUAUGCCGGACUGGAUGGCAAACCCAGACGUGUUGGCACCAGCAGAUAGGUACCGCAAGUGCGUCGUCGUGGAGCGACGCAAAGUGUUCGACACUGCACCACGUGACAAUACCGACAAGAAAGAUGGAAGUCACGGCGAAAUUGGUUUGGACGACCUUCGAGGGCAACCACGACCACAUUUUGAUCCGUUUGAAUGGCUGAGAAGCCAGCCCGACGGACCAGAGAAGGUGAGAGCGCUGACAAUGCGCCUUGUCGAGCUCACGGCCACCGACUCGUCGCCACCGACGAAUCGUCAACACCAUGCCGAUGGAACGGUGCCAGCUACACGUGAUGACGACGGAGACACAGAUUCGUCUGCGGAAGAUGGUCGUGCGAAUCCCAUCGCCAUCACCAUCGUCCUUCCCGCAGGGCUCACGCUCACAUACCGGGUGUUGGCUACACGUACGGUCGCGAGCCUCAAGAACGCCAUUGCAAAGAAACUCUCGACCACACGAACGCGCGAGACGAGGCUCGUGCCGGACGGGAUCGUCGUGCCAGCAAUGUUGAGUUUGUACUUGCAAGGACAAAAGCUCGCCGACUCGAAUGCCCUCGGUGACAGCGGUGUGCACGACCGGUCUAGUCUCGUAUGCACGAUCCACACUCGACAGAGUUCCCCCGUUAGAAGAGUGAGUACAAAUUCGAGUCGAGUGGUCGCCACCUCCCGCCCUGGCGAAAGUAGACAAGCGUAACCGCCUGAAUCUCACGGUCGGUUUCAAGUGAG